AUCUUUCAAAGCCGUUCUCUCUCUCUCUCUCUCUAGAACUGGAUAGAAAGAUUGACUCUUUAUAUUCUUGACGAUGGAUUUGACGUGGUUGAGUGCUCUAAUCGUUGGAGCUGCACUUGGAUUCUGCAUUGGCACUCGUCGUUCCAAGCCUCCUCCUGUUGAGGCUGCUGUUGAUGGAGAUAGCACCAAACUGAUUCCAAAGAGUCCUCUCGAGAUUGAGAAACUCGCUGAUAUCCUCGAUGAUUUCAAAAUGGUUUUGGUUGUGAGGAAUGAUCUUAAAAUGGGUAAAGGCAAGAUUGCUGCACAAUGCAGUCAUGCAACUUUAGGUUUGUACAAAAAGCUCGUUCGUCGUGCUCCAAAAGCAUUGGACUGCUGGGAGGAGUGUGCACAACCAAAAGUUGUUGUGAAAAUCGAGACCGAGGAUGAGAUGCUAGAAUUGCAAGAAAGAGCCAAAUCCCUUAAACUGCCUACCCAUAUCACCAUCGAUGCUGGAAGGACUCAAAUCGCUCCAAAUUCAAGGACAGUUAUGGCUAUUCUUGGACCAGUCCAAGUUGUUGAUGAAGUAACAGGUGGACUGAAGCUUCUUUAACAGCUUCAAAUUUCUAUGUUAAAUCUCUUCUAUCGGAUCUCUCAAAUGGAUCAAAAAGAAGGGAGAGACUUGAACUCAACCUUCUCUCCAGAUAGAAUCUGUGAGAAAUUUGAAGUUGUUCUGUUUAUCUCAUUCCUGAUGAUGACGAAAAAUCCCAUUUUAAAGCAAUUUUCCCAACUUUUCAUGAACAUAUACAAUUUGUCUCUCUGGGAUCAGAUUUUGAUUAACCAAUGGUGGUUUAAAUAUUUGUUUCUUUUUU